AUGAAGUUCCUCACCGCCGCCGCCGCCACCGCUCUCCUCAGCGCCACCACCGCCCUGGCCGCGCCCACCGACCCGUCGUACUCCCCCCCGCCGACGUACUCCUGCCCCGGUCCGGACAAGGAGACGACGAAGUACCAGAUCAAAGAAUUCAGCACGCGCAAGUACGACGGCAAGACGAUCAGCACGCUGUCGUUCCGCAUCCUGGCGACGAACGGCGGCACGCUCGACUUCGAGUGCAUUCCGUACGACCCCGUGAUCAAGGGCGCGACGCAGGCCUUCGAGGACGGCAAGGUGUAUUUCUGCGGCGAGAACACCUUCUUCAGCUUCAGCUACACCGCCGGCAACGGCGCCGACAAGAAGAACGAGUUGUUCCUGUGGCAGGAGGUUUCUGAGAACAACACUAUUGGCGGAAAGGCCGACUUUGAUGAUCCUAUCUGCCAUGCCGGUGGCUCUUCGAUCAACGAUUUGGUGUGCACGGUCCCUGACCAGGUCUACCUCGCUGUCACCCUUGAGAAGCUUGGUGCUUGA